AUGUCUCACCGUAUAGCUCCUUCCAAAGAACGAUCCUCAUCAUUUAUUUCGAUUCUAGACGAUGAAACAAGAGACACAUUGAAAGCUAACGCUGUCAUGAAUGGUGAAGUAGAUGUCAAAAAGACGAAGGGCAAAAGCUCUCGGUAUAUUCCACCAUGGACAACUCCAUAUAUAAUUGGUAUAGGUGGUGCGUCAGGUUCAGGCAAGACAAGUGUUGCUGCCAAGAUUGUGUCAUCAAUCAAUGUUCCCUGGACGGUAUUAGUAUCUCUGGAUAACUUUUACAAUCCAUUAGGCCCAGAGGACAGAGCUCGAGCCUUUAAAAACGAGUACGAUUUCGAUGAGCCAAAUGCCAUAAACUUAGAUUUGGCAUAUAGGUGUAUUUUAAACUUAAAGGAAGGUAAAAGGACAAAUAUCCCAGUCUAUAGCUUUGUUCACCACAAUAGAGUUCCAGAUAAAAACAUAGUGAUUUACGGGGCCAGUGUGGUGGUGAUUGAAGGAAUCUACGCCCUUUACGAUCGUCGAUUGCUGGAUUUGAUGGAUUUGAAAAUUUAUGUUGACGCUGAUUUAGAUGUCUGCUUAGCAAGAAGAUUAUCCAGAGAUAUAGUUUCUAGAGGGAGGGAUUUAGAUGGUUGUAUUCAACAGUGGGAGAAAUUUGUGAAACCUAAUGCUGUAAAGUUUGUGAAACCAACAAUGAAAGAUGCAGAUGCCAUCAUCCCAUCCAUGAGUGAUAACGGCACAGCGGUGAAUUUAAUCAUUAAUCAUAUCAAGUCAAAACUAGAACUAAAAUCAGAUGAGCAUUUAAGGGAACUAAUAAAAUUAGGCUCUUCUCCCCCACAAGAUGUGCUUAAUCGCAACAUGAUCCAUGAAUUGCCACCCACUAACCAAGUUCUUUCGUUACAUACUAUGCUUCUGAACAAGAAUUUAAAUUGCGCAGACUUUGUUUUCUACUUCGACAGAUUAGCAACAAUUUUGUUAUCAUGGGCCCUUGACGACAUUCCUGUAGCACAUACAGAUAUCACAACUCCUAGUGAGCACACCAUGAAAAACGUUAUUUCCUGUCAGUUUGAUCAAGUUACCGCUGUUAAUAUUAUACGAUCUGGGGAUUGUUUCAUGAAGUCUUUAAGGAAGACCAUUCCUAAUAUCACAAUUGGUAAAUUGUUGAUUCAAUCCGAUUCACAGACUGGGGAACCACAACUGCAUUGCGAAUUCUUACCCCCAAAUAUAGAAAACUUCGGCAGGGUUUUCUUAAUGGAAGGUCAAAUAAUAAGUGGUGCCGCCAUGAUAAUGGCCAUCCAGGUGCUUUUAGAUCAUGGUAUUGAUUUAGAAAAGAUCAGCGUGGUGGUUUAUUUGGCCACUGAAGUUGGUAUUCGACGUAUAUUAAACGCAUUUGAUAAUAAAAUCAGCAUUUUUGCUGCUAUGAUCAUCGCCAGAGAAAAAUUACAGAAUCAUCAAUAUAAAUGGGCAUUGACCAGAUUUCUUGAUUCAAAGUAUUUUGGGUGUGAUUAA